CAGAUCUUGUCACAUCAGUCAAGUCUGUUAGCUUCAUCCUUAUCACGCAGUGAACUACUUACCGCCCAAGAAGCCGCCGCAAGAAGCGUUCUUGGAUAUGCCAUUCUCUACGUAAUCCAAAGGGGACUUUUAUUCCGACCUUGAUCGACAACCCUAUCAAACCCAACCUUGAAAUCACUUCGGCGAAAGAUGGAAGCUCCAACUACCCAAAUGCAGACCGCACGACCGCCUACCAUCCCGGUUCCUCGAAAUCGGAGACGUUCCGGAUCUGCUCAACCUCCAAGUGCAUCACCUCCGCUUCGUAGCAUUGUCGAAAUUAGGCCUGGCAAUACAAUAAGCUCUGCUUCGUUAGCUGGUAAUAUGGAUAUCGGAGACAGAAACGUAUCCUUUGCUCCUCCUCCUUCGGAUGUGCGCAAGGAUGUGCUCGCUGGUGGAUCCGAUAACCAGACGCCAGGAGGCUCAAAGGUACCUGCGUUCCUAAACAAGCUAUUCAGUAUGAUUAAUGAUACUGCUACAGACACCCUGAUAUACUGGGCGACGGACGGGGCUUCCUUCUUCAUCCCGAACACGCAAGACUUUGGCCGAGAGUUACUACCACAAUUCUUCAAGCAUGCCAACUUUACCAGCUUUGUACGUCAACUCAAUAUGUAUGGCUUCAAAAAAGUACCUCAUCUACAGACCGGAACAUUAAACACGUUCCCUCAACCAACCAACGAACUUUGGGAGUUCUCGAAUCCCAAAUUUCAUCGAGAUCAUCCAGACUGGUUGGCCGGCAUCACCAGGAAGAAAAGUGCUAAGGAACUAGCAGCUGCUGCUGCAUUGGCUGCUCAGGGUCAGGGCAGUAAUCAAGCCGAAGGUUCAGGUCACGAUGACGUUGCUGGCAAGACGAAGGGCAACCAGCAGACGCAGGGCCAGGUCCCAUCAUCUACUGAGGCACAACCUGGUCCGACGAACCAGAUCGGCAAGGAUGCCGUCGAUUCUCAAUCGUUGAAUAAGGCGAUGACACUCAUGAAGGAUACUCAUAUAUCGUUGGAAAGGGAACUGUCGGAGCUGAAAGCAUCGAACGAGAUGUUGUGGCGCCAGGCCAUGCUCAGUCGAGAAGAGCAGUUGAAGAGCCAAAAGAAGCUGGACAGCGUCAUGCGAUUCUUGGCUGGUCAGUUUGGAAGCAUGAAUAUGUCACUCCUCGAAGACGAGGGUGACAACCUCCCUUCGACUUCGGGGACGCAGCCGACCCGAAUAGCCAGGUUUGGCAAAGGUCGCAUGAUCGGAGAUGGAAUUAACGGAGUUGAGGGAAAUGCUAGUGAUGAGGAUAUGGACGAAGAGACGGACCUAUGGGAAACAGGCGAUCACGAGGAGUCUAGGCAGUUCUGGGAGGUCGAUGACAGUGGAAAGAUGAUCAAAGUACCUCAACCCCGAGUCGAAAGACAGAAUUCUACCGGGCGACCCUUGCUGGCGAGAACGGCCACGCCUACCCGCCCCAAUUUCAAUCUCGGUCGGGUACCAGGCUCACAACGUAAGAUGGAUUCGUCGCCAUCAAAGCGUUUUGAGCGCCUCGAUGGCUCACCCGAAGAGAUUGCUCGGAUGUCGUUCGAGACUCCGACAAAGUCCGGCUCCAGCGACACUGCCAGCCCUAUUACAGUCAACAGCGUGGACCCUUCGACGCGCUUGUUUCCUCCUUUGCAAUCAUCAAACGCAAACCUGGGACAAGGAGGUGAUCGUGGAAACCUUCAGCCUCAUGCUAACAACACGGUGGCUCUGCACAAUCCCGCUGUCACGCAGUUGAACAACGGGCAGUACACGCUGGAUCCAUCUAUACUUAAUUUACCGCUGGGAACGUUGUUGUCGACCCCUGCCGGUGCGCAAUUCCUCGCUACCUUGGGUCAAUCGGCUGCAUCCUUUCUUGGGCAGCCGAGCCCCGUACCCACCUCGCCCCGGCAAAGGGCCGCGCCCAUCCAGGGCUCCAGGUUCUCGGAUGCUACGGUCGGAUCAAUCAUCCACGGUGGCGCAUCCAAUGCACAGGAAGUCGGCCGUAACGAGCACGCCGCCGAGACCACGGAUGCCACCAUGACGGGGAUGGAAGGCGACACGUCCUGGAUGUCCAGCACAGUUCCUCAAGCUGAGGGGCUGCCAGAUCACUUGGCCCAGCCAUUCUUGAGCUCUGCCAUGCCUAACGUCGACAUCAAUGACACCCAAGAUGCGGGUUUGCUGGCGGACGCUAACACCCUGAGCCAGGAGGUCGACUUUGAUUGGUCAGAUCCGGCUGUUAAAGCGCUGUUACAAGCUUUUGAAAGUCAAAACCAGCCCCAGGCACAGUCGGGGGAACAGUCUACCGUCGAACCGAACGUCUUCACCAACGACGACCAAUACGACGAACUGUUUCAGGAUCCCGUCAUCGAUUUCAAUGGCAUGUUCACCAAUCAUAGCAAUGAGCCGACUCCACCGGGCGUCGAGACGGCAACCCCAUCCAACCCGUCAGCCGCCAACAGUAACGCGGGAGAUGUCGCCGAUGUCGUGAACAUGGAUAGGCCCGGUGCGGCUCUGUCGGCCAGCGUGACCGACGAGCUGUUUGCUGGUCCGACCAGGAAGAAGCGCAAGACGGAUCAACGAGAACCGUAGACGAGCGCGAUCAUGCACUCUCAUGGACGGAUGUACAAUGGAAAAUUCGGUCAGACGCAAUGUUGUAUACCUUUGCCUGGUCAAGCUGAGCGCUCGAUAGCGGCUCGCUGUCUAUGCCCGCUUGUAAAUAUCGACAGUACGGUUCAUUCGACCGGAUCCACUUCUUGUCAUUUUUUUGCAUCCGAUCGCGUUUG